AAUAAAGCCCCCAGCAGGCGCUGAGCUCCGUGAGGUUGGUAUCACUGCGCUGCCAGAGCGACCCGGUGACUCCGGUACGGCCCACCCCUAGCACGGCCAGCCCCUAAGGCCGCCGUCGGACGGGCUGGGUCUCGGACGUGUCUCCACCUCCGGCCCCUGCACUGCGGAAGUGCAACCUCCCCGCAUCGUCACUGCUACCGUCCCCUUUCCAGGCCUGCCUCGGGAGUGCCCGCAGGGAGCGGCGGAACGGCACCGGCGGCACCGGCGGGAUGUGGUACGAGAUCCUGCCAGGCAUGGCCAUCAUGGGCAUAUGCCUCAGCAUCCCCGGCCUCUCCACCCUCUACAUGCACCGCUGGCUGAAUGGCGGCAAGGAGAAGAGGAUCGCCCGCUAUCCCUACCAGUGGACCCUGAUGGAGAGAGACAGGCGGCUGUCGGGUGUCAACAAGUACUACGUGUCCAAGGGUCUGGAGAACUUGGACUAAGUUGGUGGCAUGCUGAAGAAUCCAUAUAUCUAUCUAAAACGAUUUAACUCUUUAAUAAAAGUGUCCAUGUAUUCAA